AUGUUGGGUCCACGCGCAACGCGCUCAGCCCUCUCGGCGACUUCCCUUUUGCGACCCUUUAGCUCGUCAGCUGUGGCUUAUCGUUCUCCCUCCAUUCGAGAUGUUACCGUCCAGUCAACCGAGGAGUACAUCAGACGGCGAAAGGAGUUCCGUGAGAACUUAGAACAGGCUCGUUUGAGAAGAGAACAGCAAGAGAGUCAGUCGGUCAAUGCUUCUACUUCUUCAUCUUCCCCUUCCCGUGAGUACGCUCCCACUGCUCCACAAGUGAGCAAUGCGAGCAGGCAUGAUCGUAUCAGCCCUACUUUUGAUGCUGCCACGGCGCUUGACCAGAAAGGACUGGGCUCACUCUCAACGCAUCGCUAUCUAGGGGAUGACCAGCACCAAGAAGCUGCGGCCAAACGUGGCCCUUUGUCUUCGCUCAUUUACGGCACCAAGGAGGGUCAACAUUUCGAUAAGGAUAUGGAGCGCUCCUUCUCAGAGGUCCUCGCUCGCGGCAAAUACGUCCAUUCGAUUGUCAUGCACGAUGUUAAGCCCGACAAGGUUGAUGAAUAUGUUGAGCUGGUCGGCAAGUGGUACCCUCGUAUGGCGGGUACCGAGGAGAACCGUGUCAACUUGGUAGGUAGCUGGCGGACACAAGUGGGCGACAAUGAUACCUUUGUCCACAUCUGGGAAUACCAACGCUACGAAGGAUACCAUGCCUCCCUUCACAACAUUUCGGAACACCCAGAGUUCCGUGAGUUUGAUCGCAAACUCAAGAGCCUGAUUAAGAGCAAGAAAACUUCGUUGAUGCAGGAGUUCUCGUUCUGGCCCACAACUCCACCUCGCCGUCUUGGUGGAUUGUUUGAACUUCGGUCAUACACACUGCACCCGGGCAAUCUCCUAGAGUGGGAGACACACUGGCGCCGUGGUCUUACAGCUCGCCGUGAGGUGAUGGAGGGUGUAGGCGCAUGGUUCGUGCAAAUUGGCGAAUUGAACACAGUGCACCACCUGUGGCAAUUUGCCAACUUGGAGGAGCGCAAGAUUUGCCGCGAGCAGUCAUGGGGUGUCGAAGGGUGGGCCGAGACCGUUCACAAAACUGUUCCCUUGAUCCAGACCAUGCAGAGUCGGAUUCUUGUUCCGAUGCCCUGGAGCCCUGUCGGCUAA